CGAGAGGUUGAAGUCUCGCGCGGCCACCAGUGGGAUGGAGGUUGCAGGCGGCUAGGGCCUUCUCUUCAGAGCAGAGAGGAGCCUUCCUUCGCCGCCGCAUGAGGGAGAGCGAAGCGGGGCGCCUGGCCCCUCUCCCUCCCUUCCGCCCCCCUGAAGGAUGAAGGCCGCCCAGGGCACCUCGGAGGAAUCUGAAAAGCUGAACAAGAUGAGCUCACUACUAGAAAGGCUUCAUGUCAAGUUUAAUCCCAACACCAGACCUUGGACAGAAACAAUGAAACUUGUCCGCCAAGUUAUGGAAAAACGAGUUGUAAUGAACUCUGGAGGUCACCAGAAUCUUGUCAGCUGCUUGGAAACAUUACAGAAAGCCUUGAAAGUAACAUCACUACCUGCCAUGACAGAUCGUUUGGAAUCCAUUGCUCGACAAAAUGGCCUGGGAUCUCAUCUUAGUGCAAAUGGCACAGAAUGUUAUAUAACUUCAGACAUGUUCUAUGUGGAAGUUCACUUGGAUCCUACUGGACAACUGUGUGAUGUCAAAGUAGCACAUCAUGGAGAAAAUCCUGUGAGUUGUCCGGAAUUGGUGCAGCAUCUAAGAGAAAGAAAUUUUGAUGAAUUUUCUAAGCAUCUUAAAGGCCUCGUGAAUCUGUAUAAACUACCAGGUGACAGCAAACUGAAAACUAAAAUGUACUUGGCUCUUCAAUCCUUGGAACUUGAUCUUACAAAGAUGGCAGUGAUGUACUGGCAAGCCACCAAUGCAAGCCCUUUGGACAAGAUUCUGCAUGGAAGUGUGGGCUAUCUCACUCCAAGGAGUGGAGGUCACCUGAUAAAUCUGAAAUACUAUGUUUCACCAUAUGAUUUGAUUGAAGAUGGUACUGGAGUACCUGUCAUUCUGAAUGAAGGCGGUGUUCCUCGAAACUUGGGCAUGAACGUAUGUGUUACAAUUGAAGGAACCUUAACUAUGAACAAGCUUCCAAUUGCUCCUCUGAUUAUGGGGUCUCAUCCUGUGGAUAACAAAGGGACACCCUCCUUCUCCUCAAUCACUAGCGCUAAUAGUGUUGAUUUGCCAGCUUGCUUCUUCUUGAAAUUUCCAAGACCUAUUCCAGUAUCUCGAGGUUUCAUUCAGAAACUUCAGAACUGCACAGGCAUACCACUGUUUGACACCCCACCCACAUAUGUCCCCUUAUAUGAACUGAUUACUCAGUUUGAGCUGUCCAAGGAGCAAGAUGCUGGAUCAUUGAACCACAAUAUGCGCUUCUAUGCAGCUCUGCCAGGACAGCAGCACUGCUACUUCCUCAACAAAGAUGCCCCUUUGCCUGAUGGCCGGAGCCUUCAAGGAACUCUGCUUAGCAAAAUUGCUUUCCAUCACCCUAGUCGGGUUCCUCUUAUCCUCAAUAUGAUCAGGCAUCAGGUAGCUUACAACACACUGAUAGGCAGCUGUGUUAAGCGAACAGUCUUAAAAGAAGAUACUCCUGGCAUCCUCCAGUUUGAAGUCUGUCCCCUCUCUGACUCCUGUUUCAGUGUUUCAUUUCAGCACCCUGUAAAUGACUCUUUGGUUUGUGUGGUGAUGGAUGUACAAGACUCUACCCAUGUGAAUUGCAAAUUGUAUAAAGGGCUCUCGGAUGCACUCAUAUGCACAGAUGACUUCAUUGCUAAAGUUGUUCAAAGAUGUAUGUCAAUUCCUGUGACCAUGAGAGCUAUUCGGAGAAAGGCAGAGACAAUCCAGGCGGAUACACCAGCCUUGUCCCUAAUUGCUGAGACAGUUGAAGACAUGGUUAAGAAGAACCUGCCCCCUGCUAGCAGCCCAGGUUAUGGCAUGACCACAGGCAACAACCCCAUGAGUGGCACCACCACCCCAACCAGCACAUUCCCUGGGGGGCCCAUCUCCACUUUGUUCACCAUGAGCAUGGGCAUAAAAGAACGGCAUGAUUCAGUGGGCCAUGGGGAGGACUUCAGCAAAGUGUCACAGAAUCCCAUUCUUACAAGCUUGCUACAAAUCACUGGAAAUGUGGGCUCCACCAUUGGCUCCAGUCCCACUCCCCCGCACCACACACCUCCCCCUGUAUCAUCUCCUGCAAGCAACACCAAGAACCAUCCUAUGCUCAUGAAUCUGCUGAAGGACAAUCCAGCUCAAGAUUUCUCUACUUUGUAUGGGAGCAGUCCACUUGAGAGACAGAAUUCCUCUUCUGGUUCUCCUAGGAUGGAAAUGGGACCAGGGACCAACAAGCAAAAGAAGAAAAAGUCACGUGUCCUAGUGGAGAAACCUAAACAUCAGACAGAAGAUGAUUUCCAAAGAGAGCUGUUCUCCAUGGAUGUUGAUUCACAGAACCCCAUCUUCGAUGUCAAUAUGACCACUGACACUUUAGAUACUCCCCAUAUCACUCCAGCACCCAGUCAGUGCAGCACUCCACCCACAACCUAUCCACAGUCAAUAUCCCACGCCCAGCCCAGCAUUCAGAGGAUGGUCCGGCUUUCUAGUUCAGAUAGCAUUGGUCCUGAUGUCACAGAUAUCCUUUCCGACAUAGCAGAGGAAGCAUCCAAGCUACCCAGCACCAGUGAAGACUGUCAUCCUAUUGGAACACCAGUAAGGGACUCAUCCAGUUCAGGGCACUCUCAAAGUGCUCUAUUUGAUCCUGAUGUUUUUCAGUCAAACAACAGUGACAACCCAUACACCGAUCCAGCUGACUUGAUUGCUGAUGCUACUGUGAGCCCCAAUAGUGACUCUUCAAAUCAGUUUUUUCCUGAUGGUGUUGAUUUCAAUCCUGAUCUCCUAAACAGCCAGAGCCAGAGCGGUUUUGGAGAAGAGUAUUUUGAUGAUAGCAGCCAGAGCGGAGAUGCUGAUGACUUCAAAGGUUUUGCACCACAAACGAUAAGUACUCUGGGCGUUCAAGUGCUGGGGGGAGAUGGAGGGGAAAGUAAGUUCAAGGCAAGUAGCCAAACGGACACAGUCGACUUUAGUAUUAUCACAGCUGCCAGCAAAGCUCUGGGAACCUCUGAUGUCAUGGAGCAUCAUAGUGGAAGUCAGAGUCCCUUACUGAGCGCAGGAGAUUUGGGGAAGGAAAAGUCACAGAAGCGGGUCAAAGAGGGUAAUGGAUCUGGGAGUUCUUUAACGGGCCCUGGGAUGGAUGGCAAGGGUGGAAAACGCAGCCGCACCCCAUCCAGUGAUGGGAAAAGUAAAGAAAAGGUCCAGAAACGGAGGAAGGUAGAGCCCGAAGGCAAAUCUCCCUCUCAUAGUUCAUCCACCAGGCCUUUCACCCCACCAUCAAGCACAGGUGGCUCAAAAUCUCCUGGAAGUUCAGGCAGAUCUCAGACGCCCCCUGGGGUAGCUACUCCUCCCAUCCCCAAAAUCACUAUCCAGAUCCCCAAGGGAACAGUGACUGUUGGCAAACCCUCCCAUGGGCAGUACACAAGCAGCGGCUCAGUGUCUUCUUUGAGCAGCAAAAGUCAUCACAGCCAUUCUUCAUCCUCCUCGUCCUCGUCAUCCUCGUCAUCUUCGUCGUCUUCGUCUUCCUCAUCGGCUUCCGGCAAAAUAAAGAGCAGCAAGUCGGAUGGGUCUUCCGGGUCCAAGAUGAGCAGCAGCCUCUACUCGGGCCAAGGCGGCUCUGGAUCAGGUCAGUCCAAAAGCUCCACCCAAUCAGUGGGCAAGCCCGGGUCCUCCCCCAUCACAAAACACGGCCUGAGCAGCGGCUCUGGAGGUACCAAGAUCAAACCUCAAGGGAAGCCUUCAUCGCUUAUGAACCCUUCCAUGAGUAAACCAAACAUUUCUCCUUCUCAUUCUAGACCCUCGGGCGGUUCUGACAAGCUGGCCUCUCCGAUGAAACCCGUUCCAGGUACUCCCCCGUCAUCUAAAGCAAAGUCCCCAAUUAGUUCCGGUUCUGGAGGCUCGCACAUGUCUGGGACAGGAUCAAGCUCCAGCAUGAAGUCCUCUUCAGGGAUGGGAUCCUCCAGUUCCAUGUCUCAGAAGGCACCCCCUUCAAAUUCUUCAGCAGGAUCUUCAUCUUCCUUUUCAUCUGGAAGUUCUUCCAUGUCCUCCUCUCAGAAUCAGCAUGGAAGUUCCAAAGGCAAGUCUCCAAGCCGAAACAAAAAGCCAUCUUUAACUGCUGUCAUUGACAAACUCAAACAUGGUGUUGUCACUGGUGGUCCUGGCGGGGAAGACUCCAUGGAUGGACAGAUGAUCCAGAGUUCCAGUUCCUCAAGUCACUCCAUGUCCUCCAAACACAACUUGUCUGGAAGUGAAUUGCAGGGAAAACGGGAAAGAAGUGACAAGGAAAAAUCCAAAGUUUCUGUUUCAGGAGGCUCAUCCGACUCUUCCAAGAAGACAUCCGAUUCAAAGAAUGUUGGAAGCACGGGAGUGGCCAAGAUAAUCAUCAGUAAACAUGAUGGUGGCUCUCCUAGCAUUAAAGCCAAAGUCACCUUGCAAAAACCCGGGGAAGGAGGUGGGGACAGCUUAAGACCUCAGAUGGCCUCUUCCAAAAGCUAUGGAUCACCACUGAUAAGUGGAUCUACUCCCAAGCACGAGCGCUGUUCUCCCAGCCACAGUAAGUCUCCUGCAUAUACCCCUCAAAACAUUGACAGCGAGAGUGAGUCAGGUUCAUCUAUAGCCGAGAAAUCUUAUCAAAACAGUCCUAGCUCUGAUGAUGGAAUUAGGCCUCUUCCAGAGUACAGCUCAGAAAAGCAUAAGAAGCACAAAAAGGACAAGAAGAAACUGAAAGACAAAGACCGAGACAGGGAUCGAGACAAGGAAAGAGACAAAAAGAAAACUCACAGCAUUAAGCCAGAGAGCUGGUCUAAAUCUCCCAUCUCUUCAGAACAGUCUCUGUCUAUGACAAGCAGUGCCAUUCUUACAUCAGAGAGGUCAUCCAGGCCCAGCCCUGAUUUUUCUAUUGGGGAGGAAGAUGAUGAUCUAAUGGAUAUUGCCCUGAUAAGAAACUGAAAAUAUUUGAGGAAGUAGAGUAAAAGAGCUAUUUCGUUGUUGGGGAGGGGGGGGUUAAAUUAAUGAGUGCAUGGCACUCAAAUGGGCUAAACUUGGAAAUUUGGAAAAAAUAAUCCAAAUUUGAAAAACUCUCAAUGCAUAGACUAAUAAGAAAAAUAUUUUUAAAGCUCUUGGAAGCUUAAAUAAAUACACAUACAUGCUUCCAACUAAUAGAUUGGAUUUGAUUUCCAGAACUGAAACUCGAGCACAUACAAAAACAUUUCACUGUUUUUAGGAGAAUCAGAUUCUUUGAAUGUUUCAAUAAUAUUUCCAUUUUUGUGUAUUUUUAAAUAUAUAUAUAUUAGCAUUUAAAUUUUAAACUGUGCUUUUUAGUAUUCCCCCUUAAAAGUAUUUUCACUGAAAAAUAAUUGUUAGAAUUCAUUUCGUGCCAGAUAUUGUCCCGCUUCCCUAUGGUUCUGACCAUCUCCUGUUAAAAAUGAUAUUCUGCUAUAGACACUGUGUACAACACCUAGCACCAUUUGGGACUGUCAUCCAAAAAUUGAAGUAUUUUAAUAUUUAUGUGUUAAACCUUAACAGUCAUUUGAGUUAAAGCAUUUUCCUUCGUCCUCAUGAAAGGUUUGAUUGCUUUCAUGUAUGUUUUCUAUGUAUGUCUUCUGUAUUAUAUUUUAGUAGCAAUUGCUACUGUGUUCUCCAACUUGGGAAGAAAAAGAAAGGGUAGGUUUAGUCAGAAUUAGGUGAGCAGAACAUUUUGUACUUCCUCAGCUGAAAUAUAAGUUUUGAAACAUUUGAGAGAAUAGAGUACUGUUAAAUUAAAAGGUGGUAUGUCUAUUGUGAGAGAAGCACUGCAGCAUGGCUCUUUUACACACCAGAAAUAUCGGAUACUUGAAAUCACAUAAAAAGGAAUAAAUAAUGUAAGCAUUGGUAGUUGAUGCACAAGGAGUAGCUUUAUCACUUCUUCCUCCUAUGUGAUAUAAGGAUUUUUCUGGAACAUUGUGGAAAGUAUCUGCACUGAAAAUGAGGAGAGAGACUAUGUGUAAGCUACUAUGUUGUAUGAUUCCUAUCCUUAUGGGCAAAGAGAAAUGUCCUUGAACUUUUUGUUUAUCACUUGCCAUCAGUAGCUAAGAAUCUCAUUUGGAACUUAUGACUGACAUAAGCCAUGUGCAAAGUCUUUGUAGAUCCUAACGGAGACAGAUGGAUCUGUCUCUGAAAGCUGAUGCCUCAUGCUCUUCAGUAUCUGUGCAUGGAAUAGUAAAUAUUGCCCAAAUCCUAGAGAACAGAGUAGCCAUUGAUCACAACAGAACUCCCUAUGUCUAAAUUGAGGAUUGACAAAAUACACAGUCCAUAACAUUGGCCCAUGCACUCCCAAAUGUUGGCAUCUAGCAAGUUAUUACAGAAUGCAUUUGCCCAACAUAUAUCCUCUUAGUUGUGACCCCCCCCCCUUUUGCAAUGUAAUUUGUUCUAGAUUUAUUGAACUACAACUUCCACCGCUAUACUAGAUUUCAGUGAUAAGAUUUGAAGUCUUAAUACAUCUGGUGUGAACCAGAUUGGAACAGGCUGCUGCAAUGUAUCAUGUACACAAGACACACAAAUUGCAAUUUUCAUGACUUCGAUUUCUGUUUCCAUUGUUUUCAGCACAAAUUGCAUUGUUUUAUCAUUGUAAGAGAGAGGUCAUGAAUAUGUAAGACACAAAGGUCUAUGAAACACAAAUAUGUUGUAAUGUCCCUUACAAUGAAGCCAGAUAGUAAGACUGUUAUUGUGUGUCUGCUUAGGUCACAGUAGGUCUAUUUAAUUGCCACAGUGUUAUUUUCACUUGGGAAAGUUGACUUCUGACAGUUAGUGUGUAUUUCACUAAAUGGGAAGCUUAUUAUUCAAAAGUCUUGAAAAAACUUACUUCAUCCUUGCAGCAACAGAAUGAAUGCAAAAUGAAGCACUUUUCAAAAGCUGUUGGUAUCAUUUGCAUGGAGCUAUUAUGUUUUCAAGGGUAAUGUCUGUGGGAAACAGUGAGAUAUAAUUGGUCUUUUCAAUAUAGAAUGCUUAUAUUACUGAAGGAGAUACUGGUUUUUGGACUAUAGUCCUGUUAGAUCUUUCAAAGUGGCUGUGGUUCCAAAACCAAAUGUUAUGAAUUAUUUUUACUAUGUUUUUAAAUUGAUAACUGUCUUGGUUCAAUAGCAAAAUGCUGACUGAGAUAGAAAUGUUCAUUGGGCUAAAACAGAGUUUCUCAAACUGCUCCUCCAGAUGUUUUGGACUUCAGCUGGUAAGAUGGCUGGGAUUCCUGGGAGCUGAAAUCAAAAACACUUGGAGGAACAGAGUUUGAGAAACACUGGGCUAAAAUAUAGACCCCUCACCCACUGUGCCAAAUCCAGUCAUGAAGAGAUUCCAUCUCUGUUCCGUCAGAGACACCAUGCAAGGCUGCUAUUGGAAAAGGGAGGGUAUAUACAGACUUUCUGUUAUAUGUGCUGAAUGCUCAGGUUUAUGGGUAUUCAGCACAUGUAGGAGCAUAUGGUCCGGAGAGGGGGUGCCAUGGCAUCCUACAGAAUUAUUCUGUGCAUAUAUCAGAGCAAAAUGUGUUCAUUGUGACUCCAAAGCCUGAAAUCAUAAAUUAAGAACAAUUUUGAAACCCAUCUACUCUGGAAAUGGAGAAAGAUAGUCUGUAAUCCAAGUUUUCCCAAUCAAAAUUAGAGUGUGUUCGUACAUUACAUAGUUCUGUAUUAAAAUCUUAUCUUUAUUUCUACAAAUGUAUUUAAUUGCUGACAAUAUUUUAUAUCCUCCAGUAUUGUAAAGACAGACAUUAGUGAGGAAGGGCCAAACCUUUUAAUCCCAGGUAGAAUCACUUAGAUUACAAGGUUGUGUUCUUCCAUUUUUAACCCCCCUUCAUGUAAAUAGUAUGUCAGCACACUUUCUUUGUGAACACUUGUGUAAAUACUGCUGGUGAUUCAUGGAGUGGGGGGUUUUCUGAAAAUAUUUUAAGUAAUUGUUUGUUUUACAUGGAAAUAAAUUUGUUUGGUAGAAA